UUCCUUUACUGCUCCGAGUAAGAUCCCGGCGUCAGCAAUAAUUCUCACGCCGGCAACGUUACUCAAAAGUUUCAGAUGAUAAAUCGUUUCUGUGUUCUUUAAUCGAGUCUGUAGCUAAGGAAAUCACAAAACUGAGUCUCUCUCGAAAAGAAAAAAAAAAAAAAAAAUUAGGAUUUUUACAUAACACAAAGCAAACCCUUUUGCGAUUCACCUUAAACCUCUCGUUCUGUUUUGAUACUAGAAGCUGAGGAUUAUCGAAAGAUCGAGACUUUUGUGGGUUUUGUUGAAAUUGUGAAAUCAAUGGCGAAGUCUCAAAUGAAACCUGGUGUACCCAUUACUCUACAAGAGCUUUACCCUUCUUCUCCUUUUUACAAGGAAGCUGUUUCAGUCAGAGUUACAGGAAUGUUGAGUGUAUAUUCAGUUGUGACUGGUAUUGGUGUUAUUGAAGAUGGAGGGAGAAGUCUCAAGAUUAAUGCUCAGAACCUAAGAGAUGUUAGUUUCAGGGUUGGUUCGAUUUACCAGUUUAUUGGAGAGAUCCACAUUGAACAACCCAAUAAUGAGGUGAUCUUGAAAGCUCGAACAGGAAGAAAUGUGGAUGGAAUCGAUAUGAACCUUUACCGUAAGACAAUCGAACUCCUAAGACAAUUCCUAAAAGAAGAAGGCAACAGCAGCAAUAUGGUUGAAUGAAGCUAGUUAUCAGUUUCCAUCCAAGUAACAUAACCCACCAACACUUCUAUAGUUUCUUCAUCUCAUACCUCUUUGUUCAAUUGUAAAUGAAACUUAGAAUUGGUGGAUUUGUUUUGGUCAGUUGUUUAAUAUGAUCAAUGUUUUCUACUUUGAAUAUUGAGAAAUCUUCUUAGUCUUUUUUUUUCAUUUCAAGAACAAUUUGGUUUAAUUGGUUAAUUA